CACAAACCAAACGAGCAGCAGUGCUUUCGCUGUCAAACCACUCAAGUUUGAAGCCGCAUCGAGACUCCACCGAUAUAGUCUUCUGUUUCAUUCAUCUUUGCAAGCAUGCCGACAAGGCAUAGCAAACGGACCAGGGGCGCGUGCGCGCAGUGCGUUCGCAAGAAGCGAAGGUGUGAUAAAAAACGCCCGAAAUGCUCACUGUGCUUGAAGACUCACCUGGCCUGCGACCUCGAAGUCUUCAAGAUAUGGGCACCCGAAGAGCCCAAGAAUCAGGGGCCAAGCAUGCAGACACAUGCUUCCAGCAGCCACACAACGGAGAUGCCAGUCUCACAUUCUGAGUCCACGGCCCGCCGCUCAGCUGAGGCCCUUCCAGAGACUGGCAACGAUGAUCCUCUGACUGGAGAUCCAGCCGGUGACCUCUGGCUCGCAACCCCCCACACCGCUGAUAAUGAGGUUCUGAGGUCCAACCUUCCUGGCAGUCAAGACAUCAGUAAUAGCAAUCAUCACUUUGAGACCAUUUUCACAGACGAAGAAGGAAUUACGAGUGCGGGAUUGUACGGAGAGUCGGCUUCAAACGACGUACUACUUACUGUUUUCGACGACCCAGAAUUCGAUACGCAGCUCCUGGACUCUCCAAACUUGAACGACGCGAUGAACUCCGUCUUGGAUGAUCUUGCAAUAAAUUCCGUCUUGGAGGAUUUUGCAAUGAAUUCAAGCUUGGUCUCUUGUAGUCCAAUGACUGGGAAUCGCCGAGGAUCCUUGCACGCCUCUACAUCAAUGACUCACUGUCCGAUGCCUUGGCCGCCGGAUAUGCUCGCAUCACCCGAGAAACGUUUUCUCUGGCAAUAUUUCUUGCACAUAACGAAGGAUGGGUUUCUGUGUCUCGACGAAAAAGAACUCUUCAGGUUCCAUGGAUCCCAAGACCCUUUCAUAGCCACUAUCCCACAAAUGGCGAUUUGUGACGAAAGCUUACGGAGCUCGAUUUUCUGUUUCGCUGCGUUUCAGUACAACGCCAGCCAAAGUGGCAACGACUUCAAGCAGCUUGUGAGGGAUUGUUCGAGAAAGGCUUCUGUAGCCCUGAAAGCUCAACCGUACUCUGACCAACCUUGGAGCCAAAGCUGGACUCUACACGUAUUCUCAAAGAUUGCCUGUGGGAUAUUUCUGCACCACUUUGGCCAGGGCGAUACUGAAACCUCAGAGUAUUUGCAUUCUGCAGGCGCACUUGCCGCCGGCUUUUACAAACGCCCGCAGUCCUCCUCGAAUCUUUUCUCACCAAUUGUUCAGCUGGUACUCUCCAUGCUGCGGUGGACUAUUAUAUCGACGGCAUGCUCGUUCCAGAGUUCUCAGACACUGGUGAGCGACAAGAUCUACAGCUAUUUGGAGAUGCGAGCAGAAGAGGUGGAUCAUAACUAUUCGCCCUCCUUUCUCGAUUGGUUAAACCAUCCGAUAUACGCAUUUUCUCCUCGUCUCGUUAACCCUCUUCUUCGUCUGGCCAAGCUUCUUGACUUGCAAAAGUCUCAGUGGACCGUCAAUCAGUAUAGUUUGUCGGAUCGAGCGAUGGGAAUUGAAAUGAUAAAGCUUGAGGAAGACCUGCUAAUGGCCCGGGAAGUCGACUUGGAUCGCUGUCACACACACACUGCGGACCCGAAGGAGCUCCGUUCUCUGAAUGAAGCCAUGCACGCAGCAACAUUUCUCCUGUUUUAUGCACGCCUUAAAGGCAUGCCAUUCACAGCGCCACUGGUACGUAAGAAGGUGAAGGUUAUAGUGGCCGAGAUUGGGACUAUUCCUGUCGCAUCUCGCGUUUCUCAUGCCGUUCUAUUCCCACUCUUCAUCGCUGGCUGCGAUGCCGUCGAGGAUCAGGCACGGAGGACAAUUUUGGAAAGGUUGCGGACACCAAGGGGGCUCACGUACAAUCGCAGAGACGUAUGCUUGUCGUUGGAGCAUGUAUGGCAAGUACGAGACCUGGACCCUGGCCUCAGGUGGCCCGACUGGUUCUACAAAUUGAAUCCGGACUUCUGCAUCAGCUCAUUAUUCUAGAACAAAUAGAUAGAAGCAGUGAAUCGAAGAGAGCUCUGCAACGC